UUGGUGUCACUUUUUCGAAAAUUCUGGUUUUUUCUCAAUGACAGACUUGUUGACAGAGAUGACACCGAUUGGAAAGAUGAAGUCCAACAAAAGUUCUUAGAAUGCAAAGAAGACACAUGCGCUGUUCUUGAAGAUGAAAUAGAAAACAGAAUAGAAGAGCUAUUAAAGGACAAAGAACUUUUACAAAAAUAUGGUUCUGAGAAGUUUGACAUAACUCCACCAGAAAAGAAGAAGAAAGAAAAGAAAGAAAAGAAAGUAGAAGAAGAGAAGAAAGAACCUGAACCAGUUCCAGAGAAAAAGAAAUUUGACAUGUAA